AAAUAAACUAAUGAAAACAUAGUUAUGAAUAUUAUAUGCAAUUUCUGCCAAUAGAUGCCCCUAAAUCUUACACACUAGAGCUUUAAAAUAUGUCUGGAUGAGAGCUUUGAAGUAAUAUUUUAAUGGCUUCAAAUGUUAAGAAAUAGGAUAUCCAUGAAACAUAAAACAGUCCACUAAUUUGACAAAGUUACAACAUUAAUAAACUGUAAAAAAAAAAAAAAAAAAAGCUGUGUUUGUCCUGAUGCUCAGCAGUGAGUUGCCUUCACACUCUUUGUAAAAAUAUCCAAAAAUAAAGUCACCUUUGCUACUGAAAAAAAGUUUUAAUUUGUAACAUCUUACAGCCACCAAUAACACUUACUUUCAUUGGAAAAAUAAAAAAUAAAAUUUGCCAUUUGUAUUCUCUGUGCAGCCUUGCUAACUAGUCCAUCCCCUUUAAGAUCAUAGCGCACGCCACCCCUUUAAAUCUCAACUUUGCAGUGUUGUCACAUUAGGAGCUGCUGCUGCUGCACAGAUUUUUCUUCUGUCAUGAAAAACUAAACGGACAACUAAUCUAUAACUACGUGUCUCAUCAGGAGCAACAGCCACCACCUGCCUAAAUUUGUUAUUUUUUUAAAUAUAUUUCUGUAUUUAUUGUCGCAAUGCACGGGCUCGCCUGCCUCCCCGCCGCCCUGCUCCUCCUGCUGCUGUCCGGCUGCUCCCCUGCUCGGGGUUAUUUCGCGGAGGAGCGCUGGAGCCCCGAGUCUCCGCUGCUCGCUCCCCGGGUCCUCCUCGCCCUCAUCUGCAGGAACUCCGAGCACUCUUUGCCGUAUUUCCUCGGCGCUAUCGAGCGCCUCAACUAUCCCAAGGAACGUAUGGCUUUGUGGGUAGCAACUGAUCACAACAAGGACAACACCACAGUUAUUCUGCGUGACUGGCUCGUCAAGAUGCAGAACCUUUAUCAUUAUGUGGAGUGGAGGCCGAAAGAGGAACCAGAAGGUUAUCUAGAUGAAGAUGGUCCGAAGCAUUGGACAGACCUGCGUUAUGAGCAUGUUAUGAAGCUUCGACAAGUGGCACUGGAGUCAGCUCGUGAGAUGUGGGCGGACUACUUUAUGUUGGUGGACUGUGAUAACCUCCUCACCAAUCCCGAUGUGCUCUGGAAGCUCAUGAAGGAGAAUAAGACCAUCAUUGCUCCAAUGCUUGAAUCGCGUGCAGCCUAUUCAAACUUCUGGUGUGGAAUGACCUCCCAGGGUUACUAUAAGCGCACCCCUGCCUACAUACCCAUGAGAAAACAGUUGCGCAAGGGCUGUUUUGCAGUUCCCAUGGUACACUCCACCUUCCUGAUAGACCUCAGGAAAGAGGCGUCCAGGCAGCUGGCCUUUCACCCUCCACACCCAGAAUACAGCUGGGCUUUUGAUGACAUCAUUGUGUUUGCGUUCUCUGCUCGGAUGGCAGAUGUUCAAAUGUUUGUGUGUAAUAAAGAGACCUACGGUUACUUACCUGUGCCACUGCGAUCCCACAAUACUUUGCAAGAUGAAACUGAAAGUUUCUUGCACUCCCUCCUGGAGGUUAAUGUGCGAAAUCCCCCAAUGAUGCCCUCCAAACACAUACCUGUUCCUAGAAAACAACCCGAUAAACUGGGCUUUGAUGAGGUGUUCAUGAUAAAUCUGCAGAGGCGAACAGACCGCCGAGAUCGCAUGCUGAGGACAUUAUAUGAGCAGGAGAUUAGUUGUAAGGUCAUUGCAGCCGUAGAUGGAAAAGCGAUGAAUAUCAGUGAAAUUCAUACUAUGGGCAUCCACAUGCUCCCUGGAUACAGUGACCCCUAUCAUGGUCGCCCGCUGACAAAGGGAGAACUGGGAUGUUUCCUCUCCCAUUAUAACAUCUGGAAAGAGAUUGUGGAGCGAGGCCUGGAGACCUCACUGGUGAUUGAAGAUGACCUGCGCUUUGAGGUCUUUUUCAAGCGACGCUUGAUGAACUUGAUGAGGGAGGUGGAGGAAGAAGGACUGGACUGGGAUCUUAUUUAUAUUGGUCGGAAGAGAAUGCAAGUGGAUCACCCAGAGAAAGCAGUGCCUAAUAUACACAACUUAGUGGAGGCAGAUUAUUCAUACUGGACACUAGGAUAUAUGAUGUCAUUACAAGGUGCAGAGAAGCUUUUGAAAGCAGAACCACUAAGUAAGAUUUUGCCAGUGGACGAGUUCCUUCCCAUCAUGUACGAUAAACACCCAGUGACUGAUUAUAUGGAUCAGUUUGAAAACAGGGACCUGAAGGCAUUUUCAGCAGAGCCUCUCCUAGUGUAUCCAACUCACUACACGGGCGACGACGGCUACAUCAGCGACACUGAGACAUCCACAGUGUGGGACAAUGAAAAGGUUCGUACAGACUGGGACAGAGCGCGCUCGGGAAAAACUAGAGAGCAGGCUGAGAUCAGCACUGAGGCCCAGAACUCAGAUGUGCUCCAGUCGCCUCUGGACAGCACAGCGCGGGACGAGCUAUGAGUGGAACUGAAUGAGAGCCUUGCAAAAAAAAGUUUUACACACCACCUUAGUUUUUAAAAAUCGUGUUUCCUCUUUGAUACUUUUUAUUUGGCAUCACAGCCGGGAUGUUACAUCAGAGUUUGCAGAGAGAUUUAAUUCAUCCUGAUGUGACAAGUUAAAAAGGGAUCAGGUGCUUCUUUUCUGUCCUGUUGUCUGUUUGUAGUUUUUACUUUAUAAAGGCACUAGACUUGCCAUUUGGAAUGGCAUUUGCAGUACCCAACUUCUGUCUGUCAUACAGAAAUGAACCUAUAUAUGAGCAGAGAAUGCAAUCAGACUGUUACAUUUCAACCAUUGGGCAGUUGACUUUGUCCUAAUUUGACAUUACACUGUGAAAUGCUUUUUUUAUAAGUAUCUCAAGACUAUAAAUAAUUUGGGAUGUAACCACAGAGUGUCACUGAGCAGAAUCAAGUCCUUUGCAGACAUUUAUGUCUUUAAUCAGCCGUGAGUCAUCCUAAAUUCUUCGGUCCAAGAGGAGAAACAUCUGCACGUCUUUUGCUUUGAUCGUUAGCUUUUUAAACUUCACACUGCUGUUUUAAACAAUCAUUAUCCAAAACCAGAGAUGCUUGUUGGUAGCAGAGUGUCACCAAAGCAACAAAACACACAAGCAAUAGUUGCAGUUAACUCAGAAUCAUGGAUUUACAGUCUUACUGUAGCGUUUAUACAUUACUAAUGUGUCCCUUGUCGUCACUUUGGGAUCGUUUCCAGACCAAUGCCGCCAACACGUUGUUAACAUGGUUAUAAAGGGGACAAACCACUGUACACGCCUCAAACUUGGUAGUUUGGGAGGAACAUGGUUAUAAACGCCCUUUAAGUUUCCACAAAAAGAACCCACCCAACCACAGCACAAAAAAGACCCUGCCUCUGAAUCGUUCUCAAUUAAACUAGAAUUUGAGUAUUUGGGGGGAGCAAAACUUGA